CGACUCUUGGAAAACGUUUUUGUCGGAGCUGAACGUGAAGAUCGUGAAGUGAAAACUGAAAACGAUCAUUCAAUUCAGUCACGGAACCGAUUCCAAGUAAACAACACGCGAUUACUGUGUCUGGUGGAGUAGCGCGUUUUUUUUUUUACCUUCACUUAUCGUAAAGUUUUAGCGAGUUUCCAGUCAUCAUACAGUAUCGUUGUGUUGUGGCAAGAAUUAAAUUUUUGGGUGGUUGUGUUUACUAUAUAGGAUAAUGUCUACGGCGAUCAUGUCCCAGAAUGCCCUAUACGAUUUCGGAGAUAAUCUGUUGAAGAACGGCAUGAAUUCCGAUCAGCACCUGGCUGUGGGCUCCACAGUGCGCCUAACCCUGACCAGGAUGACCUCAACACCAGUGACCGCAAAUCAAAACCAACUAGCGGCCAUGCUUUUGGGGAACCUCACGCAACAACACAGACGUCUCGAAAGAACACAGUCAGCUCCAGCUCCUGGCAUGGUCGCCCCCCAAGCAGCGAUCACCGCUACCACCGUUAACACCUCACGCUACAAAACCGAACUUUGUCGACCCUUCGAGGAGUUCGGGGUUUGUAAAUACGGCGAUAAAUGUCAGUUCGCGCACGGGUUCGCCGAGUUGCGCAACUUAGCGAGACACCCGAAAUACAAGACGGAACUGUGUCGGACUUACCACACGGUCGGAUUCUGUCCUUACGGUCCCAGAUGUCAUUUUGUGCAUAAUCAAGACGAGGCUAUUCAAUCGAUGCAAAAAUCUCCAGGGGCUCCCGGUAGUCCCGCGUUGAUAUCUGGGACAGCACAAAGGCCACGUCCUGCCGCGUUAAGUCCGACGCUCUCGUUGGAUAGUCCCAGUCCACCGUGCAGUUUGAGCCAAUCUCCUACUUCCUCGAUGAGUUCAUUCUUUAGCAGCGAGCCAGAGUUACAUUCUCCUGGUCCCUUGGACGAUCAACGAUUGCCUGUAUUUAAUAGACUGUCAACCACUCAACUCCUCGCGCUCAACGAUUUGAUGCUUUCUUAGUGCUUCCCAGACUAUUAAAAAAAAAAAAAAUGGGCGACCUCACUCAGAACGUUUUUUUUAUUUAAUUUUUCAGUGUCUUAUUUAUAUUACAGUUAAAUCUCGCCAUGGGGCGGAGUGAUUUUGAUAUUGUGUGAUUUUAAAAUAAUAUUAAAUAUAAUAUAGUUAAAGGCGUGUUUUUUUAUAUAUGAAUGUUGAUUUAUUUGUGAAUGUGCAAAUUAGGUUUAGUUUCAGUCAUCGGUCUUGAUUUCUUAACAUUCCGUGAUUGAGUUUAUUUAUUUUAUUAUUUUUUUUUUAUUUUCACCUCAUUAUUUUUUUUGUCUUCUUGUGUGCCUUGUGGACCGAUGAGAGAAUAAGAUUUUUUGUUAUUUAAACCAUUAUUUAAUUUGCGUGUUUCUUAUUUUUUCAAUGCGUUUAUGUUAUGUAGUUAUUUUUUAUUAUAAUUUAUAUGUAACUUAUUAUUUAUAUCUUUUUUUUUGCAAUAUUUAGUUAUAUAGAGAGACUAGUAUGUCUAUUUUGGCAUGCGCUUCAUAUGGUGGCCUUAGCGGGACGCGCAAUACAUGUAUCAUAUUAUUUAUAUUUUGUAAUAAAUGUAUCUGCUCUGUAUCAUUAUCAAUAAAUUAUAUUUUGUUCUUUA